CAGCAAUAGCUGCGGAAGCGUCCACUAGCAUGUCGAUGGAGAAUAAUGACCUGGAAAGAUGCCCUUGGACAAAGGCACUGUGGAGAGGACAUGGUCACAGAUGUCCUUCUCCUACAAGGAGAAGGGAAUCAUCACUUCUUGGAACAAAAAGGCAGAGGAGGUUUUGGGGCAUAAGUCGCAGGAUGUUGUGGGCAAGGAGUGGGGCAAAGAUCAGAACUGCGACGGGGAAAAGACAGCAAGGACAUUUGAUUUUAGUGUUUUUGGUUUUGAACUCCAACGGUUUGCUUUGCCAGGUGUGGACUGACCUUGUCUCAGAGGGCUGGGCCGAGCAUUGCUUGGAGGCCCUGGAAAAGGUGCAGCUUCAGGGCGAAGAGGUUGUCUUACCCCUGGUGACAGGAGAUGGACUCCACUCCGCAGUUCGAUGUGUGGUUCGUAAGUUUGGACGCUGCAGCUGCUUCCUGUUCUCCUGUGGGCACACACCACCAUCACCCACAGUAUGCACUUGGCCCUUGGAGAUCCGCUCGAUGGAAGGCCUUGGCAAAUGCGCCUUUGCUUUACGAGAUCUUCCAGCUGGUGAAAUGAUCUUGGAGGAGGAGCCCUUUUACACGCGAAUGCCUCGAGCGCAGCUCCAGAAGCGGCCCGAGUGGGAUCAGGCCUGGCUGGCUGCUUUUAACGGCAUCCGUGCUGCGCUCAAAGCGCCUGAGGGCUCACCCUUCUCCGAGAUGCCCGAGAAGCCAUUGCUGGCCAGCACAGCCCUCGUCCUUGAUUUGAUAAGCUUCGUGCUGCUGCCAGAAAGCUUGAAAGGCGCCUUGUACGGCUUUAGCUCCCCAGCCUUGGACUCGGAUCACGCCCUGGUGGAGGUGGCCAGGCAGCUGGCAGAACUCUGUAAGGAGCGGCUGCCAGAGUGCAAGGAUGCUGAUUUGGGUAUGCUACAGUUUGCCAUUCUGGUGACUGAGAUGAACAUUUUUCCGGGUGGCCGCAUCUUUUGGACAAUGAGUCGCAUCAACCACAGCUGCGCUCCCAACUGCGUUUUCAGCGCAGCGCCGAAUCGCUGGGGCUUGCGCAGCGUGCGGCCGAUCAGUGCUGGAGAGGAGAUCACCAUCUCAUACUUGGGAGAAGAGCUGCUGCUGCCGACGGUGCAGCGACAGUGGCUGCUGUGGCGCUCCAAGUGUUUCAUUUGCGGAUGCCGGCGAUGUGCUAGCCCUGAGGACCCCCUUCGCGACCGAGCUUGCAGCUCCUGCAUGCCUCUGCCAAAACGCUGGCGGGUCGUUCAUCAGCCGGCGGUCUGGCGCCGCAAGGAGCCCUCCACUGCUGGCCGUGCUGUGGCCUUGUUGAAGGAAGGCACGGAGUUCGACACCAAUGGAGUGUCGCAACGUACCAAGGAAGGGCUUUGGAUCUUUGCGGAGGACAGUGAUCUGAAGAAGAAUGGCUGGGUGCUGGUGGAUGGCUCCACCUUGGGUUUGGGGCAGCUGAUCGAACCCAUUGACGAGGAGUUUGCCAAUAUUUGGCCCGGAAGGCUCAAACACCGUUUGAAGAGGACCGUCUUCAACCGUCCAGGGGAUGCAGCCCGUGAGCAUUAUCUCAAUUGGUAUGACUUGGAUGCGCAGAAGCUGACGGCAUGGCACUGGCGCAAGGAAGAAGAUGAGUUCGAGGAGAGCGAUUCUGCAGGUUCCUCCUAUGCGCGCUUUUCUCGUGAGCGGAAUUGGACAUGCGAAAGCUGUGGAGAAGAGAUUGAAGCGUUCGUGAAGGAGGAGCAGCUUCUUGGAGAAGUCGCACAACGUGUAUUUGCCAUGGCAUUGCAUGACCAAAGACGAGCUUCCGCGGCGGGCGUUAAAGGCUUGGUUCUGCCAGAUGAGAACUUUGUGCUUACCGCGCUGCGCCUAGCAGAUGACGCUGGGCGCUUGUUUGGCCGUCGGCACUGGAUCUGGCAAAUGGGCCUGCUUUUUGCUGUUGACUUGGAUCUAUCAUUGAACAGGUUUACAUACCGAAAGUGGGAUGCCGAGUGGAUCAGCGGAACCGCCUCAAUGCUGCUGGAGGUCUGGGAUUGGCUGGCAUCUUUGGAGCUUUCACAGGCACCCAGUUACUUUCUCCACAGUCGUGCUUCGCGCCUGUCCAAAGAGAUGGAGAAUGUUGUGCUUGUGCGCUCAGAUGUGGAAAAGCAGCCCGCUGUUGAGGAGCGCUUCCUGCGGCUGCGGAGCAAACUGCAGAGACGAGUGGAUGGACUCUCACCACCGGUAAGCAUCCUGCCCGACCGUGAGUUCAUCCCGGAGACUCUCUUCAUCGCCCAUUGAGCUUUCUGGAGCAGAGAUGAGCUGAGUUUGCGAUAAGACAUUCAUUGACAUCAUGAGGCAUAUUGCAAAAAGAUCCAGUGCCAAUGAGAUAUGAUAUGAGGCAUAUGAGGCUUCAUUUUCGGAGGAAAUUGGUUCCAAAGUGAUCCAUCCCCCUUGCUACCCGGGUGAACAUCAUCUGGACUCAGCAAUGGACGGAAUGCUUCUUUGGCCUGUUUGGUUCAGCAUGUCCAAA